AUGUUAUUAGGAACGGGUGUACUUCAAUUUGCAAUAAAGCGUUUUGGUCUUCUUUUUGGAGUUAUAGGGCAUUCAAUGGUAGUGUGUAUGCACACACAUGCGUUUAACACAUCCAAUCCUUUGUGUGUAAGAGAAAAUGCAGACGCAGCACAAAUAGCCCCAAAAGGUGUACGAUAUGAAGGCGCGCGUAUGAGAGAGAUCAUAAGUCGGGCGGUGUACAAUAUUGGAAAAGGCUGUGGGCACAUUAGAAGUGACUCCUAUUUCUACAUUAGUGCUAACCCAAAGAGCCUAAUGAAAAUACAGAAAAAACCCCUUAAAGAAGAUAGAUCUAAUAGAGUGCAGAAUCUCAGAGAAGAAAAGUAA